CUCAAGGUAUUUUGUGGGAGAAAGCUGCAAGGAUGAAGCCAAUUUUUGUUGGGAACUUUGAGUAUGAGACUCGCCAGUCUGAAUUGGAACGGUUGUUCUCCAAGUAUGGAAGGGUUGAUCGCGUGGACAUGAAAUCUGGAACUUAUACUAAUGGAAAUUGAGCUUCUAUUCCGGAUUGCCAUAAUUCUCUCUGCAAAAAAACUUCCAUGGGUUGGAAACUUCCCUGUUUGCUCUCCUUCCACUCACAGAUGACAUCUUCCUGCAUUUUCUUCACGCCAUCAUCUGUCACUCACCCACCUCUCCGCCUAAUGUUGCCAUUUUACAAGAAUGGUUAUGGCAGGAUGAGUCAAUAUAUCAUGCCAUGCGUACCACAACUGAUUAUAGGGGGAUCAUUGAAUCUAUCAUGUCAUGCCUUCCAUUACUGAACUCGUGCUGUCUGAAUGGUGAAGCAUGCUUAUCAAUGACAUCUCAGACCUGAAACCUUGGAUUUUAAAUCUUUAGUAGGCCACCAUCUUGAUUUAGUUCAUCAUGCAAGGCCUCUACAUCUAUGUUCAUCAGCCCAUCACAUCACCUAUUUUCAGGCUUUGCUUUUGUCUACUUUGAGGAUGAGCGUGAUGCUGCUGAUGCCAUUCGUGGACUUGACAAUAUGCCAUUUGGUCAUGACAGGCGCAGGCUGUCAGUGGAGUGGGCCAGGGGAGAACGUGGCCGACAUCGUGAUGGGUCAAGGUCAAUGCCGAAUCAGAGGCCUACAAAAACCUUGUUUGUGAUCAACUUUGAUCCAAUUCGCACAAGGGUUGAUGAUAUCGAAAGACACUUUGAAAAGUAUGGAAGGCUUGCAAGUGUACGGAUUAGGCGGAAUUUCGCAUUUGUUCAGUUUGAAACACAGGAAGAUGCUACCAAAGCCCUUGAAUGUACUCAUAUGACCAAAAUCUUGGAUAGGGUCGUCUCCGUUGAGUAUGCUCUGAGGGAUGAUGAUGAAAGGGGAGAUAGAUAUGAUAGUCCUAGAAGAGGUGGCUAUGCUAGGCGUGGGGAUAGUCCUUAUGGAAGAUCCCCAAGUCCUGUAAAUCGUAAGCGAAGAAGUCCUGAUUAUGGUCGAGCUCGCAGUCCUGUUUAUGAUCGGUAUGAUGGCCCAGCAUAUGACAGGCACAGGAGUCCUGAUCAUGGCAGAUUCCGCAGCCGAUCCCCAAUUAGGAGAUCAAGGACGUGAAGAGUCUUUUCUUGAAGGGAAAGGGGGAAGGCAUUUAAACUCAUACUUGCCCUAAUUCGGUUUUCUGCUAUAGAUUUACAUAGAAAGUAGAAAAUGGUGCUCAUGAUCUUUAGGUUAUUGUCGGUUUGUAAUCAAUAGAUGCUUGUGGUCUGUAUGUUGUGGCCAUUGACUGUAGUCUUUUCAUUUGGUUUCCUGCUUUAAUGAAGCUAAAGCACUAGUACUGGGUCCUUUUGUUAGAUUGUGCUGGUAUAUCUAGCCUGUAAUCUGGCGGAGAUUUCGGUUGAAUGCUUUUUUUAUUUCCCUAUUGACUCUACGUAAGUUUCUGGCCUGCUGUAUUUGGA